UACCCACCAUAGCCCGUAAUCCAGACAAGUUAUGAAUAAAUAUUGACCUGUUGAAUUAAUAAUGUACCUGUCAAACAGUCGCGAUUAGUUUUUAAAAAAUUCUGAAUAAAAUUAUUUUACCCAGUUGCAAUUACCACUUUUGGUUUCUCUUUUCAUUUUCUUCUCGAAUACCUAUCAACCUAUAUUGUGUGCCUGGCCACCUACCUGAGGGUGCAAACUUUCCAUUUGUGCUGCAAAAUGAACUCCUUAAAUGGGACCUGUCCAAACACUGUGAGCAUAGGAUUCACCCAAGUACUAUUUUCUCAACUACUGUCCACUUUGGUUAAUUCCUAUUGCGAUAUCAACACCGUUUAUCCGCGAGAUCGAAGUGCAGAAAUAAUGCAAUCGAACGAAGAAUUUGAUUUCAUCGUCGUCGGAGCAGGUUCAGCUGGAUCUGCACUGGCAAACCGUUUGAGUGAAGAAAGCUCCUGGAAAAUAUUAGUAAUAGAAGCUGGGCCUGAUCCUCCGAUCGAAUCCGAUAUCCCAGCCUUGGGGGAUACGCUCCUACGAACAAAGUACGAUUGGAACUAUAAAGUAGAAAAAUCCGAACAAAGUUGCCGAAGUAUGAUUGGUAAUCAAUGUAUUUGGCCUCGAGGAAAAUUUUUGGGAGGUUGCAGCUCGAUAAAUGCUUUACAAUAUGUGCGUGGAAAUGCCAGAGAUUACGAUACUUGGGAAAAUUUGGGAAACCCUGGUUGGAAUUAUGAAAAUGUUCUGAAAUAUUUCAAGAAGUUGGAAAGUGUCAAUUCGUCGUCGAUAGAAGAGGAAGCUCAUGGAUUUGAGGGAUAUGUUCACGUGGAAGACUUCCCAGAAGGAGAUUUACUUGGCAAUAAAUUUAGUAGAGAGUUGCUGGUGGAAUUAUACCAAGAAUUGGGAUUACCUUUUGUCAAUGAUAUGAGUGCGGGGCAAAGAUCUGGAAUUACUACGGCUCCAGGUACAGUGAAAAAUGGUGUUAGAUGGAAUUCAGCUAAAGCUUAUCUAGCUCCUAUUAAAGAUAGGCAGAAUUUAUCAGUGAUGAAAGAAACCAUGGUCACAAAAAUAUUAAUCGACCGUAAUAAAAAGGCACGUGGUGUAGAAGUGUUUCAAAAUAAUGUUUACAAGAAAAUAAUCGCCAAAAAGGAAGUCAUAUUGGCAGCAGGAGCAUUGAACUCGCCACAGCUUCUCAUGCUUUCAGGAAUCGGUCCACAAGAUCAUUUGAAAGAGCUAAAUAUUCCCUCAAUCAGUGAUUUAAAAGUAGGUUACAAUUUACAAGAUCAUAUAUUUUUGAUUAAUUUACUUGCUAAAAUUACUUCCAAAGAUUUCAAAGAAGUUUCCCCGCUCGACAUAUUAUACUCGUAUUUGACCAAAAAGACUGAAUUGGGAUCCGUGUCCACUUUAAACACGAUGGCAUAUGUCGACACGCAGAAUAUUACCGAUGAUUUUCCAGAUAUUCAAGUACUUCACCUUACUUUUACGGUUAAAAGUGACUUCUUACGGACAUACCUGCAAAGUGUCAAUUUCCCGGAAGAACUUAUCAAAAAAUAUGAGAAAGAAAACGAGAAACAUUCUGUAAUUAAUAUUCGACCCACUUUACUGCGACCAAAAAGUCAGGGUAGAGUAAUGCUCCAGAGUAAUAACCCAUUUGACCAGCCAAAAAUCAUCUCUGGAUAUUUGACCGAAUCAGACGACGUAAAAACUUUUAUUCGGGCUAUGAAAUUCAUUCACAAUCUUUCAAAUACCGAAGCGUUCAAAUCUUGCUGCGAAUUCGUCGAAAUUCAACCUCUAAAUGAUUGCGAAAACCUGGAGCCAUUGACUGAUGAAUAUUACGAAUGCCUUAUUCGUAACUUUGUUCAAACCGUGUACCAUCCAGUGGGUACUUGUAAAAUGGGACCUGGAAUUGAUAAAGAUGCUGUUGUCGAUCCCAGACUCAAAGUAUACGGUGUGGAAGGGCUGAGAGUGGCUGAUGCUUCGAUAAUGCCAACAAUUGUGAGUGGAAAUACCAAUAUUCCUACAAUUAUGAUAGGUGAAAAGGCAGCAGAUUUAAUCAAAGAUGACUGGUUCAAUGUGAACUAUAUCUAGAAAUUUGUAAAAUAAAAAGGCACCUGUAUUUUAUAAGCGGAGCUUGGUUUGAAAUUUUGUAAGUUUUUAUUUAAUUUUAUUCUCACGUACUAACAUAUUUUAAUUCUUCAUUAUCAUAAGUACAUAGAUAAGUUUUUACAUAAAAAAUUUCAACAGUU